AUGGACAAGUGUUUCACAGCUUUGGCGAGAUGUGUCCCCAGUGUUAUCGGGAUGGGUGGGUUUAUGAUAUGGAGUAGUGAGGUGGAUGGAUGGAAGAGUGGCUGCAGAGAGGACUGGAUAUGGCUGAGGAGGUCACCUUACUAUAAGGUACCCGCCGGAAUGGGAGCUUGGGUGGAAGAACGAGUAGCCAAACGGCACAACCGUGAUCCCAUAUACCCUGUAAACCCUGAGAGAUCCGAACGGACAGGUAUCGUGAAGGACUCGCGGCACAAGCUAGUGUCCUCGGUACCGCGGCAACUAGACGCGACCCCGCGGGUUGGAUGGUUGGCCACGAGGAGCGAUUUCGCCAGUACUUGUGCUGACCCGUGGUCGGCACCGAUGUUCGGUUCGGCUCACUUCCGUAAGGCUGAGGAGGAACCGUGCCGCCACUGUUAUUGA